GGCUGCGGCCCCGGCAGCAGCAGUUGGGCUGAGCUGGGCCGGCACGGCUGGCGGCGGAACCGGGAAGGCUAAUCCGCCGCAGAUUCCCGCGCUCACGGCUUGUGGCUUGCAUUUCAGCCGCCUUCUUUCCGUCCCCGAGAGCUGCGCAGAAAGAUGGAUCGGCACCGGCCUCGGCUGCACCACCCGAAGCAGGGCUCGGCCGCCGGGGCCCCCUACCCCUCCUCAGCCUCGCUCCGUAGCUGCCGGGAAAGCAAGAUGCCGGGCCGGAAGGGCCCUCAGCACCCUCCGCCCAGCGGCGCGGAGGAACCUGGAGAGAAACGCCCCAAGUUUCAUUUAAAUAUUAGGACACUGACGGAUGAUAUGCUGGACAAAUUUGCCAGCAUACGAAUUCCAGGAAGCAAAAAGGAGAGACCUCCACUUUCCAACCUGAAGACUGCAUUUGCAAGCAAUGAUUGUUCUUCAGAGAUGAUGGAAAACAUUCCAAAGCCACUGUCAGAGAGUGAAGUCUUAAAACUCUUCGAAAAGAUGAUGGAAGAUAUGAAUUUAAAUGAAGAUAAGAAAGCACCAUUGCGGGAAAAGGACUUCAGCAUCAAAAAAGAAAUGGUGAUGCAAUACAUUAAUACUGCUUCCAAGACAGGAAGUCUUAAGAGUAGGCGACAGAUCUCACCUCAGGAAUUCAUCCAUGAACUGAAAAUGGGGUCUGCAGAUGACAUUGUCACAUGCCUGGAGUCCCUCCGCGUAUCUUUGACUAGUAAUCCUGUCAGUUGGGUGGAAAGUUUUGGACAUGAGGGGCUUGGAUUAUUACUGGACAUUUUGGAAAAACUGAUUAGUGGCAAAAUACAAGAAAAAAUUGUAAAGAAGAAGCAGCAUAAAGUCAUACAGUGUCUAAAAGCUUUGAUGAAUACACAGUAUGGCUUGGAAAGAAUUAUGAGUGAAGAGAGGAGUCUUUCUCUAUUAGCCAAAGCCAUCGAUCCCAAGCACCCAAGUAUGAUGACAGAUGUGGUAAAACUCCUCUCUGCAGUAUGCAUUGUAGGGGAGGAAAGCAUCCUUGAAGAGGUUUUAGAAGCUUUAACAUCAGCUGGAGAAGAAAGAAAUGUUGACAGAUUUUCAUCUAUUGUGGAAGGUCUCAGGCAUGAUUCAGCUCAGCUGCAGGUAGCAUGUAUGCAACUCAUCAAUGCCCUUGUUACAUCUCCUGAUGAUUUGGACUUCAGGCUUCACAUCAGAAAUGAAUUUAUGCGUUGUGGAUUGAAAGAGAUAUUGCCAAAUUUAAAAUGUCUGAAGAAUGAUGGCUUGGAUAUCCAACUGAAAGUCUUUGAUGAGCAUAAAGAAGAAGAUUUGCUUGAGCUCUCCCAUCGCCUUGAAGAGAUUAGAGCUGAGCUUGAUGAAGCAUAUGAUAUUUACAACAUGGUGUGGAACACAGUUAAGGAAACUAGAGCGGAAGGAUAUUUUAUUUCCAUUCUUCAGCAUCUUUUGCUGAUUCGAAAUGAUUAUUUUAUAAGGCAACAAUACUUCAAAUUAAUUGAUGAAUGUGUAUCUCAGAUUGUAUUGCAUAGAGAUGGGAUGGAUCCAGACUUCUCAUAUCGAAAGAGACUAGAUUUAGAUUUAAGUCAGUUUGUCGAUGCUUGCGUAGAUCAAGCGAAGCUAGAAGAGUUUGAAGAGAAAGCAUCAGAACUUUACAAGAAAUUUGAAAAAGAGUUUACCGACCACCAAGAAACUCAGGCUCAAUUGCAGAAAAAAGAAGCAAAGAUUAAUGAACUUCAAGCAGAGUUACAAGCUUUUAAGUCACAGUUUGGUGCCUUGCCAACCGAUACAAGUAACUCUUCGCCAUUGGCAGAAGAAAAUGGAUCUGGCCUUCCAGCACUUGCUUCUUCCCUGCCGCUGCCCUCCUGUGGAGGAGUGCCUCCUCCCCCUCCUCCCCCCCCCCCUCCUCCCCUUCCAGGAAUGCCCUUGCCCUUUGGUGGUCCUGUGCCUCCACCGCCUCCCCUGGGAUUUCUCAGUGGGCGAAACUCUCCUCCUCCACCAACCCUACCUUUUGGGUUAAAACCAAAGAAAGAAUUUAAGCCCGAAACCAGCAUGAGAAGAUUGAAUUGGUUAAAGAUCAGACCUCAUGAAAUGACUGAAAACUGUUUCUGGAUUAAAGCAAAUGAAAAUAAGUAUGAAAAUGUGGAUUUGCUUUGUAAACUUGAGAAUACGUUUUGUUGCCAACAAAAAGAGAGAAGAGAAGAGGAAGAUUUGGAAGAGAAGAAAGCUAUUAAGAAAAAAAUUAAAGAGCUUAAAUUUUUAGAUUCUAAAAUUGCCCAGAACCUUUCAAUCUUCUUGAGCUCUUUUCGGGUGCCAUAUGAGGAAAUCAAAAUGAUGAUAUUGGAAGUGGAUGAAACACAGUUGGCAGAGUCUAUGAUUCAGAACCUAAUAAAGCAUCUUCCAGAUCAAGAACAGUUAAGUUCACUGUCUCAGUUCAAGAGUGACUAUAACAACUUAUGUGAACCCGAGCAGUUUGCUGUUGUGAUGAGCAAUGUGAAGAGACUCCGGCCACGGCUCAGUGCUAUUCUCUUUAAGCUUCAGUUUGAAGAGCAGGUGAACAGCAUCAAACCUGACAUCAUGGCUGUCAGUACUGCCUGUGAGCAGAUAAAGAAAAGCAAAAGCUUUAGCAAGUUGCUGGAACUUGUGUUGCUAAUGGGAAACUACAUGAACGCUGGCUCCCGGAAUGCUCAAACCUUCGGAUUUAACCUUAGCUCUCUCUGUAAACUAAAGGACACGAAGUCCGCAGAUCAGAAAACAACCCUACUUCAUUUUCUGGUGGAAAUGUGUGAACAGAAGUACCCUGAUAUCCUGACUUUUGUGGAUGAUUUGGAACAUUUAGACAAAGCUAGUAAAGUCUCUGUAGAAACGCUGGAAAAGAAUUUGAAGCAGAUGGGAAGGCAGCUUCAACAGCUUGAGAAAGAUUUGGAAACCUUUCCCCCUCCUGAGGACUUGCAUGAUAAGUUUCUGACAAAGAUAUACAGCUUUGUUAUCAGUGCAAAAGAACAAUACGGGAAACUUUUAAAGUUACACGAAAACAUGGAAACGUUAUACCAGAGUGUGAUGGGAUACUACGUCAUUGAUGUGAAGAAGGUGUCUGUGGAAGACUUUUUUAAUGACUUGAAUAACUUCAGAACCACAUUCAUGCAAGCAAGAAAGGAGAACGUCAAAAAAAGAGAAGCAGAGGAAAGGGAAAAACGUGCCCAAAUAGCCAAAGAAUUAGCAGAGAAAGAAAGACUUGAACGCCAACAAAAGAAAAAGCGCUUGUUAGAAAUGAAGACUGAGGGUGAUGAGACAGGAGUGAUGGAUAGUCUGCUGGAGGCUUUGCAGUCGGGGGCUGCCUUCCGCGACCGAAGAAAAAGGACACCAAAGCCAAAAGAUAUUCGGCGAAGUUUCAGUCCCAUGUCUCAGCGGCCUGUUCUGAAAGUUUGUAACCAUGAAAAUCAGAAAGUGCAGUUGACAGAAGGGUCACGUUCACACUACAAUAUCAAUUGCAACUCAACGAGGACUCCAGUCGCCAAGGAGCUUAAUUAUAAUCUAGACACUCAUACGUCUACAGAGAGGAUCAAGGCAGUUGAGAAGAAGGAAGCCUGUAAUGUAGAAAGCAACAGAAAAAAGGAAGUGGAACUUCUUGGCUCUGUUUCUAAAAACGAAUCUGUUCCCGAAGUUGAAGCCCUGCUGGCAAGAUUACGAGCUUUAUAGAUUAAACUGGUAAAUGUGAAGCCAAAACACAGCUCAGCACCCUUGACAAGGAUGUUCAUCCAGGCUAGUGACAAACCCCAACUGGGUUCCCACCCCCUCUCAGGUCAGCGUAAAGAAUUUGGCAAAAACACACAGACAAGUAAGCACUCAAAUACAACGAGUUGUCCAAAAGCAAAGACCUGCUGCUAACAAGUUUUCCCAUAUAUUUGAUAUUUGAAGUGAUUUAUAAAUAAGGGAGGCAAUCCAAUCAUACAGCAGCCCCCCUCCCCCCACCACUGCCUUAUCCUCAGGGGAUCCAUUCAAAGACAUCCUCCCCAGGGGAUGCCUGAAAUUGCAAGUAGUACCAAACCCUAAAUAGACUAUGCUUUUUCCUAUACGAAGUUUAAUGUCUAAUUAGGCACAGUAAGAGAUGAACAGCAAUACUAAUACUAAAAUAGAAUAAUUGUAACCAUACACUAUAAUAAAAGGCUAUAUGAAUGAA